UCUUUAAUUCAUCAGUGUCACUAAUCCAUUGCUCCUCAAGACUUCAACAAGCUUAAGCAAUAAUGAAGAAAGUAGUGUUGAAGGUUGACUUUUAUAAUGAUAGAACCAAGCAAAAGGUUAUGAAGACAGUGUCCAGCCUUUCAGGGGUUGAAUCAGUAUCAAUAGACACUAAUGAGAAGAAAUUGACGUUAACAGGGGAUGUUGAUCCUAUAAAAGUAGUCUCUAAACUACGAAAGUUGUGUCAAACAGAAGUAGUUUCAAUUGGAGCUCUAAAUGAGGAGAAGAAAGAGACCACGGAUGCAAAUGUACCCAUUCCACUUCCGUCAUUUGAAUCCUAUCCAGUCUAUUAUCAAAUGACACCACAACCUUAUAUUCGAGAUUACUACUAUGUUUGAUGUGGAUAAGAAGAAAAUAAUCCUACAAGAUAGUAUUUCUGAUAAACUUUUUAUACUUUAGUAUUCCUUCUGUCUCAUAUUAGGUGUUUUAUUUGAGUUUUUCACGUGUAUUAAAAAAUAAUUAUGUUGAUUUCAAUGGUAACAUAUGUACUCC